AUGACACCACCACCAAUCGACCGCCAAACCACCACCCCCUUCCACCUAAAGCUCUUCUACCGACUCAACAAUUACCACCACCUCUCCGACUUCUCCUCCACCUCCUCCGCCUCCUCAUCUUACAGCGGUCCCACGAGCGGGCCCAACGCCAUCCGCACGCGCAGUCCACCACCACCGCAACAACUCCCCCCACACCUUCAAAUCUACACCUGGCAAUCCUGCACUCUCCGCGAACUCUCCCACCUCCUGACCUCCGCGCUACCUAGUCUUCUUCCUGACCCACCCGUUGGUACGCGCCUCUGCUUCCGCCUCAUAUACCCAGACACCAAAGGCGCCGCGACAAUGGGGCCCGACGCGAGGGGCAGAUAUCUAGCGAAGGAUUUGGGGAGUGUGAUUGUCGGUCCGAGGGAGAGUGCGAUUGCGAACGGUGGGGAUGAGGAUGAGAACGCGAAUGGAGAGGAGGGAGGGCAACGGAAGGGUAGUGUUGGUGGAGGGAGAUUGAGGAUCCAAGGCAAUGAUGCGGACAAGACGUUGCAGGAGGCGCGAUUCGUCAUUGGGGAUUAUGUCGAUUGUGCAGUUUUGCCGCCGCUUGAGGACGGGUCUGUUGCGCCGCCGGUCAAUCCGGGACGGGGGAUGGCCAUGGGUGGGGGCAUGAGGGCGUUCCCUGGGGAUGCUGGCAGGGGGGAGAGGUAUCGUGGAGGUGGAGGUGGGGUGAGAGGUGGGAGGAUUCCACCGGGGGAUUGGAGACGGGGGGAGAGGAUUCCGGAGGAGAGGGGAGGUGGUGGAGGAGGAAGAGGAGGGAGGAGGGGGUGGGCGCCGUAUUGA